AUGUUAAACAAUACGUGUAGAGAACAGGUUUGGGAUGCGUCAAACAGAGACGGGCGACACUCGAUUCCACCAGAAUGUCUGGGAUGUCAACAACUCAGGAAGUUAGUUUGUUUUGGAAUUUUUUUCCAGGAGGUCCCCCCACACGAACAUAUGUUAUUUUGAUCCGAGUUGAUCUAUCUAUUGUGUAGGCAUGAAUGUAUGUACUUUUUUCCAUCGAAAUGCGAUACCUUUUUCCCGUUAUGUAUUGUUGAUUUGCGCUCUUUCGAGUGUUGAACUUUUGUGCCCCUGUUGGUCACAAAAAAAAACAAAUUCUUUUUUUUUUGGAAAAACAUACAUAUAUUGAAUGAAACUAUUAAUAAGGAUGAUUGGCAUCCGAAAAAAAAGAGGAGAAGAACGAACGAAAGUUUUUUCAUUUUAUUCUAUUUUAUUCUGCCUGACGGGCGGAAUAUUUCGACGGCAACCAACUGAAUUUGAAUAAAAAAGACCAGAAAAACUCGUUUUUUUCGGUUGCGGCUGGACGGACAGCGCGCACUUCCCGCAUAUUAUUUUUAUUUUAAUAAUUUAUGUAAAAUGUUCGUGAGAUAGGUGUGAAAAAUACCAAGAAUUAAAAUUAGAAUUUAUCAUUUUUUUUUGGAAUUUUUUCAUACCCAAGUAGAUCAAAAAAUUGUCGGAAAAUCUUUCUGCGAAACCCCCUGAAAGACCUCCAAGAACUAUCUGUUUUUUGUUGCCUGUGUUCCAUUUUAUUUUCUUUUUACAUACAAUUCAAUUAGUUUAUUUUUGUCCUCAUCUAUCUUCUUUUUUCCAAAGUUCUCCGUGUUUCAAAAAUAAAAACAAGAAUACGAAAAGCGAAGAAGAAAAAAAGUAUAGCUGUUCUUGAUGGCAUGAAUCAUCUGACACACAUGUUUUGUCACAUGGAUUUACGAAUAGACGAGAAUUUUUGUUUGUUUCUUCUUUUUUCUUCUGCUUUCGUUUUUCGUUUGUGUUUUUUUUCGGCUGUUUCAAAAUCAACAACAACACAUACAUAUUAUUAUUAUAUAUGUUUUUUUUUCGCUGUGUUCACCAAUUUUUUUGGUGUAUGUGCCUAUUAUCUCGUUUCCUUCCACUUGACUAAAUGCCGAUGAAACAUGCAUGGACCCUUAGGCGGGGAGGGACGUCGUUCCAGAAAAAAAGAAGGAAAAUACUAGUAGUAUAGGUCACAUGCUCCACUUCAGAAGCAGAAGAAGAAGAAGAAGCAGAAUGUUGUACUACUAGCGCAACAUGAUGAAAAAAGAGAAAAGAAAAAAAAAGAAGAAGAAAAAAGUAGUCGUCCUAGUAGUAGUAGUACACGCCCUGGGGGAGACGGACGCGGACAUGGCAAAAAAGAGCAAUUCGCUAUAAACAUUCGAAGGCAGGCUCUCACUCACCCUCCCCUCCUUCCCAUGUCACUUCUUCUUGCUUCUUUUUUUGCUCCUUUUUUCGCUUUCGUUUUUCUCAACAUUCCCGCUUUUUUUAUUUUUCUCGAGAUGUUGUUCAUGUUUCCAAAUAUACUUUACGAUUAG